GAAACAUUAACAAAAACAAAGCUUUGAUCUUAAUGAAUUCAUUCUUCAUUAAAUUAUAAGUCAUAUAAAUUAUUCGUCAAUAAUUUUGAGAAAUAUAAAAUCAAGCACAAGUUUGUGUCGCUUUCGAGAAUACGAAAGUGUUAAGAAUGAAUCAUUGAUUAAAAACAUCGUUUGAUUUAUGUGUUAUUAUGUGUGAAAUAUUCAAAAUAAGUAAUUCGUAAAAGUGAUAGAAUAUUUAUACAAUAUAUUCAAAUUCAAUAUAUGUAUGAGAAAUUCGGAAAUUGGAGCUAUUAUCAUGAAGAAUUCUAGUUGUGCAUCUUGCCCACUUGGUCCUCCCCCAGACAUAUUACAUAUACCGCCACCACCGUUUCCAGAAUUUCUCCAACAAAGUUCGGAUUUUUAUCCAAAUUUAGGCGCCCUGCCUUUCCCGCCAAACCUGAAUGACAGUCCUUGCAAGCAUCUAUGCGAUCGACAUUCCGAAGGGGUGCAAUAUAUUGAAAUGCCAAAGCAAGGCACUGUUUUUGACGACACAUGGUUAUUAGUGCUGAUAUCAUCUUGCGUCGGUGUCAUACUGAUUGGCAUAAUAUUGGCUACGUUACUCUUGAAAUGUAAAUUAAGCAGAAAUGGUAAAAAUGGCGUAAUAUCUAUGCCAAAUGCAACAACCGGGAUGCAAACGAAAAACGGAAGAAUUCAGAACGAAGCUGUUUUAUAUCCUUGUGCUGCCGAUACCAUGCAAGAUAGUCGUGUAAUGUGGGCAACUCUUACACCACGUGGUACUACUAGACAUUAUUUAGAAGAACAUACUUAUGAAACUAUCGGCGGUGGACAAUUUCACAAGCGCGCUUGUUCGACGACACCAACCGAACAUGUAAAACUGAAGACGUAUGCCGAUCCUCCGGUUACAACUCCAGUACAUGUCCGUCCAAAGGACGAUAAAGCUUUUGAUAACACUGCUUUUGUGGAUUACGAAGAGCCCUUAUCAGUAAAAACGGAGUAUUAUCAAUUGAACGAUGUUUUGGAACCAAGUGAUGCAGGUAUUCUUACGAUACAAAGGGGUACAUUACGUCCUCAUGUAAGUUCUCCCACGAGAAUAGAACAUCCGAAUUUACCGCCACUCAAUCUUCUUCCUCACAAACGUAGCUCUAAGAAGGGCACUAUUGGACAACACGCUUCGGAUACACUACUAAGAAGCAGCAUUACAUCUUCCACCUAUAUACCUACAAUAUAAUAUAUCACUUACCACCCUUUUUACCCCUUCCCUCGAAAAUGCAAUAUAAUAAUCUAAACGCACCUUUUAUAUUCGCAGUUAUCGUCAAAUCUAGUUACUGUAAGUACACCAUAUCUAUGUAAGUUGAAUAAAAACGUCCUUAGCAAAUACAUUAUUAAAACAA